AUGGUCGGUUCAAAUCUCCUCAUCGCUUUAAUAUACGAAGACCCAGGCACCUAUUUAGAUCUGGGGUACAAGAAGGCCGACAUUGCGCACUUGGAAGUGGGCGCCGCAGCAGAGGAUAUUGCUACGGCUAUUAUCAGACUGGGACACCGAUAUGUCCCCAUUCCCGAUGUUAAGACUCUGGCGAACAAACUCGGCUCCGGCGAAGCUGCACAUUGGGAUCUGGCGGUGAAUAUCACCGAGGGCGUGCAUGGGACUGCGAGGGAAGCUCAAGUGCCGGCUAUGCUGGAGGCAUUCAACAUACCCUAUACAUUUUCCGACACAGCGACAAUGGCACUGUGUUUGGAUAAAGGAAAGACUAAGAUGGUCCUCGAGCAUUAUGGAAUCCCGACCGCACCAUUUGCAGUGGUGUAUCUAGACAAACUUCGAAAUCGAACAAUCACGCCCCAAGUCAUCUGCGCUCUUACCAAAACCUCCAAGCAUGCCCGGGGCCUUUUAAACCCAUCUUCGUACCCGCUUUUCGUGAAGCCACUAGCAGAAGGAUCUUCCAAGGGAAUCAAACAAAGCAACGUCAUCCACAGCAUGGAUGAACUAUGCCGAGCCGUCGAAACCAUACAUUCUAGUGCGACGUCAGCGCCAGCAGUCCUGGUUGAGAAGUUCCUGACAGGGCGAGAGUUCACAGUGGGGAUAUUGGGGACGGGGGAUGACGCAUGGGUGCUGGGAGUUACUGAGAUGGCAUGGAGGGGGAACAAAGACCGUGACGUUGAUUUUGACGGCGAGUUCACGACUGAAAAGUCCAAAGCCAGCGAUGACUGGGAUGGUCUCGCGGAUGAAAUCCCAGCCAAUCGGGAAGAUCCGCUGGUCGAACGGGCAUGCACGGUCGCACUGCGGGCCUGGAGAGCGUUGCGAUGUCGCGAUGGGGGUAGGGUCGAUAUCAGGAUGGAUGGGGAGUCGGCCGAUGCAGUGGCUAACGUUCUGGAAGUAAGUGACGUUCUUGUUAGCGAUGACGGAGAUACCCGUGCACCUUACAUCUUGGACCUUGGACCUUGCAUCUUGGGCACGAUGAUGUAUUGUAUGACUCUAUCUUUGUUUGCGUUUCUUGUUUUUGUGAGCUCAUGGGUUGAAGGUGUUUUGUUUUUGGGCGUUCAUGUCAGGCCACUGACACUCAUAUUCGUACCACAGAUCAACCCCUUGGCAGGGUUGAGGCCCCAGUGGUCUCAAUUGCCGAUUAUCGCGAAGCACAAUAGGAUGUCCUAUGAGACACUGCUGGAGCAUAUCUUGCGGAGCGCAUUGAAACGGGCUCCGUCACGAUGGAGAAUGUGA